UAUAAUUCAAGCGUGUAUGUUUUAAAGAGGGAGGGUGAAACGUACGCGGUCAGCAUGACGACACCCCAACAGAUGCGCCAAAAAUAAAUAAAUCUCAUUUUUAUAGAGCCGCCGCACUAGGCAAGACAAGGCAAGCGGUAGACGGAGCGCGGAUGGUGAUUAAAACGGAGAGAAAGCGCUCGGAUGCUGGAAACGGGACAAUGGCUUCAGUGUGUGAAUGAAAAUCUCACGGCAGAGACAAACGGGAGACGGCGGUAGGGAGGGAGCGAAGGGGCGAAGUAGCGAGAGGGAGGGAAGAAAUCGCACAUGAAGCUGAAAGGCGUGAAAAGGAAAAACGGAGUAAAUCUUCCAGGGGGAUGCUGGCGGACUGCAUAAGGAAGGAGAUUAAGAAAUACGUGCAUGCAAAGGGCUGAAUGAAAGGCACUGGAAAUAAAUAAAUAAGGGUAGUAGGAAGCGUCAUCCGCAGUCUCUCUCUCUCCCCUUGCAGCACCUGAGCAGCGGACUGUGGCAGAUAAAGACGGGGAUCGGGGGUACACACGUUUGGGUUUAAUGUUGCGUUAAGCAGACUGCGGACGGGGGUAAAGGUGGAGGUGGAGUGCAGUAGCAAAUCCUGCCUGAAGACGGGCACAUGUCGGCGUGCCCGGACCCGCCAUCCCCGCCCUACAAGGAUCACUACUACCUGGUCUAAAUCAGCGAGGGACAGGGAAUUGCAUGGUACACCAAGAAAUUACCACGGGGAAAAAAGAAACGUCUGAAGAGGAGUCCGAAAGAAACACCUUAAAUGCAUUUCUUGCUUUUGGUCCGUUAAGAAAGACACUACUGACUGGAUUUAGGGAAUCUCGAUUUUCCAUCAUGGAAUUAGCCACUCAGAUGAAUGGAUUUACAUAACCGACACGUUUCUACAAGUUCCUUACUUGAUUUUAUUUAUGGGAAGGUCUGUUUGCUAGUCUAUUUACGCGAAGAUUUGUUUAAUUGGUAAAUAUUCAAAUUAAUACAACGUUUAGGCCGGUGGCUGGCUGAUAACGCCAAUACGGCAGAAACAUUUAUUAUAGUAAUGCAUGUGGCCCGUUGUUGCAUCAUUUUAGACAUGUCUGUUUGAUGUUUCUAUCCAGAAGGCAGCAAGAUCCUUUUUUCCUAAAAUACGUCGGGGGAAUUAACAGGACGAUAUUUACUUUGCGGUCCAAUUUAAUGCAGCGGGUUGUUCUAUAGCUUCUCUUUCCCCCCCCCCCCGGUACCCUGUUCAGCCUCCGCUUCCUCUUCCCCAUCCAUCCUGAACCCCAUCCGUUAUCCUUCUAAUUAAAAAGAGCGAUUUGUAUGACUUUCACUCAUUUUAAACGACAGUAAUACGGGACUGUCCCCUAUCCGGCUUGCAUCCACAUAAGGACCGCUAUUCCGUCGUCUCCGUGCCGCUCCAAACCACGGCCAUGGAAAAUACCAAACUGCCCCCAUCCAGCCCUUCGUCGCCAACCACGGGCUUCUCGGUGCCGAGCGCGGAGAAGGUGGAUGGCUUCCCCCGGCGGUCGAUGCGCAGGGCCCGGCAGCGACGCUCCCACAGCUCCUCGCAGUUCCGCUACCAAAGCUCCCAGGUUGAGCUGACUGCCCUCCCAUUGCUCAAAGAUGCCCCCGCGGCAGAACUCCAUGACCUCUUCUGCAAGAAGCUGCAGCAGUGCUGCGUGCUCUUCGACUUCCUGGACUGCGUGGCCGACCUCAAGGGCAAGGAAGUGAAGAGGGCGGCGCUCAACGAGCUGGUGGAGAGCGUGGCCACUGGGCGCGGCGUGCUCAUCGAGCCGAUCUACCCUGAGGCCAUCAAGAUGAUUUCGGUCAACAUUUUCCGCACCCUGCCGCCCAGUGAGAAUCCCGAGUUCGACCCUGAAGAGGAUGAGCCCACCCUGGAGGCCUCCUGGCCACACCUCCAGCUCGUCUACGAGUUUUUCCUCCGGUUCUUGGAAAGCCCCGACUUUCAGCCCUCCAUAGCCAAGCGUUACGUGGACCAGAAGUUUGUCCUCCAGCUACUGGAGCUAUUUGACAGUGAGGACCCGCGGGAGAGGGAGUACCUGAAGACGAUCCUGCACCGCGUCUACGGCAAGCUACUGGGAUUGCGAGCGUACAUCCGCAAGCAGAUCAACAACAUCUUCCUCAGGUUCAUCUACGAAACCGAACACUUCAGCGGUGUGGCAGAGCUGCUGGAGAUCCUGGGCAGCAUAAUCAAUGGUUUCGCCCUGCCGCUCAAGUCCGAGCACAAGCAGUUCCUGGUCAGGGUGCUGAUCCCUCUGCACACGGCCAAGUCCCUCUCCGUCUUCCACGCACAACUGGCCUACUGCGUAGUGCAGUUCAUGGAGAAGGACGCGACCGUCACCGAAUACAUCGUCCGCGGACUGCUGAAGUACUGGCCGAAGACCUGCACCCAGAAGGAGGUGAUGUUCCUCGGGGAGAUGGAGGAGAUCCUGGACGUGAUUGAACCCUCGCAGUUCGUCCGGGUGCAGGAACCCCUUUUCAAGCAGAUCGCAGCUUGCAUUUCCAGCCCCCACUUUCAGGUCGCCGAACGGGCCCUAUACUUCUGGAACAAUGAGUACAUCCUGAGCCUCAUCGAGGAGAACUGCCAGGUCAUCCUCCCUCUGGUCUUUUGCACGCUCUACAGAGUCUCGAAAGAGCACUGGAACCAGACCAUUGUGUCACUCAUCUACAACGUGCUGAAGACCUUCAUGGAGAUGAACAGCAAGCUGUUUGACGAGCUCACCGCCUCCUACAAAGUAGAGAAGCAGAAGGAGCUGAAGCGAGAGCGUGAACGAGUAGAACUGUGGAGGGAACUGGAAGAGCAUCAGCAGAGGAGGCUACAGAGUCUGGGCGAGGCCAGCCGGAAUCAGAGGAACCUCCAGGACAGACCACCUCCGGCCCAGAUCGAGCCCACCCCCAGCAGCCCCAACACCACCUAGACCGCCCCCCCCCCCAUUCCGGGGCACAGUUAUCCUAUCGGAAACAUGGAACUCAGAAUCCCCCCCCCCCCACGGAUUAACAACUCACAACACGGUCAUGAAACAAAGCAGAUUCCACACACAGAUGCCGUCACUGAUACAUACACACACUGUCACGCCGACACACACCGGUACCCGAGUCAGAGACAGACUCCAAGGACAGUUCUGGUUCCAUCUGAUCCAACACACGUCCACUAUGAACUGAACACGCCGGAUUUUUUACUUCAUAAUAAAGCCGGAAUGACAACGUCGACAAUGGUGAUGUAAUAAUGAGAUUUAUGACAUCAAUCAUUCCCCUCCUAUCUAUUCUACUACCCUAUAAUGGAUAAUGUUUUAUAUACAUAUGUAUGUAUGACUAUAGUAGUGGUGGGGGUGAUUUUGUGUAGUUCUUCAUUGCCUCAGCAGAACAAAAUGCUAGACUAAAAUUGUUCUGAUGUAAGAAUAACUUAUUCUAGUCUGUUCAUAUUCUCAGAUCAAAAGAAGGGGGGGGGAGCUCAUUAUAUUAGCAAUAUUAGUUUUUAAAAAGUGUGUGUAAAGGAAUAGGGCGGGGUCAGAGUUAUCUAUCCGUCCCCCGAGUUACGUACUACGUACAGUCUUGACAGGACUCCCUGUCAAUGUGAAUAGCAGUGGUUGAAUUGAUUUAAUAUUUAUUUCAUUGUACGUGCUUUCAUGUUUGUCGCAGAUUUCGGGUUUUUGAACUAUUUUUGCGUAAAUUUGGGACUUAGAGGGUUAAAAAGGAGUUAUGGAGGGAGUAAAUCUAAGCGUGAAAUACA